AUUUGAUCCCAAUUGGCGCUCCAAAAAUCCUACGUGUCGUCCUCCGAGCCUGAAGAUCAGCCACGUCGUCGUCCCGAAGCACUAUAAAGAAAAAGGAAAAAACACAGAAAUUUUCUCGAAAGCUUUUGAGGAGAAGAAGGAAAAGAGAAGAAAAUAUACACCCAUUAUCAAAUUCUUUAAUCGAAACCGUGAUCUGGACCCAGCUCAUCUUGCUUCGUUUUGAUUUGGGCGUGAUUUGUUUGGAGUGUGCUCAGUUUCUUUUUUCCUUGCUCUGUUGCAGGCUGGAUUUGAACAGUUUGGCUGUCGAUUGGGCCUAAAUUGAGUGUGGCACUAGCUUCCAAUUAGUAAGGAGGAGUCCCUACUGAAAAAUCUCACUAGAGUUUGAUUCGAUUUUCUUUCUGGGAUGGUUUGUAAUUUAGGAUUUGGGUCCAAGAAGAAAGAAGCUAAUACUAUUUGCGCCUUGCCUACUCAACUUUGUUUCUUUUCAUCGGUUGGCAAGGAGUGUAUCCAUGAAUAUUGAUGCUAACUGGGAAAACGAGUCACCAGAUGAGGAGAAGGACAACCCAGCUCAAGUAGGUGAAAUGAAGGUCAAUGCUAACCAUGGAGCUGCCACCAGUAGGUCUCAAGGUUCAGGUGUCGUGCAGGUGCAGCAGCAGCAGCAGCAGUCAACACAGGGCUCUGUGGUUUGUUGGGAAAGGUUUCUUCAUGUGAGGUCCAUUCGGGUCUUGCUGGUUGAGAAUGAUGACUCUACACGCCACGUUGUCACUGCUCUGCUGAGAAACUGCAACUAUGAAGUGGUAGAUGCAGCUAAUGGACUGCAAGCAUGGAAGAUUUUAGAAGAUUUAAACAACCAUAUCGACAUUGUCUUGACAGAGGUGGUAAUGCCUUGUUUCUCAGGAAUAGGCCUUUUAUUGAUGUCAUCUCAUGAUUCAAUGGGUUUAGUCUUUAAAUGUCUCUCUAAAGGUGCAGUGGACUUUUUGCUCAAACCUAUAAGGAAGAACGAGCUUAAGAAUCUGUGGCAGCAUUCCAGUGGAAGUGGGAGUGAAAGUGGUACACAAACUCAAAAAUCUGUGAAAUCGAAAGGUACUGAUAUAUUAGGCAACAGUGCAAGUGAUGAUGGGGAAAAUAAUGAAAGCAAUGGAUUAAAUGCUGGAGAUGGAAGUGAUGACGGUAGCGGGGCACAGAGUUCUUGGACAAAACGUGCUGUAGAAGCUGACAGCUCUCAAGCUUUAUCACCAAUCGAUAAUGUAGCACAGUGCCCAGACAGUACGUGCGCCCAAGUUAUUCACUCAAAUGCCGAGCACUCUGACUGCAACAGGGUACAACUUCGUGCAGCAAGGGAAGGCCAUGGCCAACAGCUUCCUGAUGCUGGCAACGAGUUGGAAACAGCUGUCCAUAGAAAUGCCGUGCCAAAAUCUGAAAAUCCAGGGGAGGGACAAGCGAACCCGACUGGCAGAGAAACUGAGUCUACUAGAGAAGUCGCUAUCAAAUUGGACAUCAACAGUAAUGCAACUGACGAUUGUAAAGAACCAAACGUCGAGCUUAGUUUAAAGAGGCUUAGGGGAGUUCAGGACACAGGUGGAUCAGUCCAAGAUGAGCGCCAUGUCUUGCGACGAUCUGAGCAAUCUGCCUUCUCAAGGUACAACACAUCCGUAAAUACUUCAAAGUCUCCCAUUGCAAUCACCGGCAGCAGUUCCGUGCUCGACAAUAGUAAUGGAGCAGCAGCUGCAAAACGAGAAUACGCAAGCGAAAUGCAAAUACUCUCGACUGACCAUAUCAUGUAUCAAAACUCGAACGGAAUUAUUAGCAACAUCGACAUGGGGUCCACCACCUUUCGACUUCCACACACUCAUCACCAUCAUUUUCAGAACAUGGAUAAUAAUAAUCAACCCUUGUCCAAUCACGAAGAGCCAUCUGUCAAACAGUUGGCACUAGAUGGGCCAGUCGAUGUGAAUAACAAUAAUACGGUGAACUGUAGUCUGAACAGAAGUGGCUCGGGAAGCAAUCACGGUAGUAAUGGACAGAAUGGGAGCUGCACUGCAAUUAAUAAUGCCGUGGGAAAUAAUGGAGAAAGUGAUGCCGGGCAAGCUGGGAAAAGCGGUAGUGGUGGGGAUGCUAGCGGCACCGGAAGUGGAAAUAAAGCGGACGAGAUCAGAUUCAGUCAGCGGGAGGCUGCCUUGUUGAAGUUCCGGCAGAAGAGGAAGGAGAGAUGCUUUAAGAAGAAGGUAAGAUAUCAGACCAGAAAGAAAUUAGCUGAACAGAGGCCCCGCGUACGAGGGCAGUUUGUAAAGCAACCUGGGACGGACAGUUCAAACAGAAGUGGAGAUGAAUAAAAUUCGAAAAAGAAAAAAAAAAAGUUUGUUCUUGCCUAAUCCCGUGAUAUUUUUAUCUACAAAAUAGAAAGCCGCUUAAUGCCCAGUUGUAAGGGUUCUAUGUAUCAUAUCAUUUUAUUCGACGAUUGUUAUAGUUNGUUUGGCAAAGUUCCUCCAUGAAUGCUUUAUUUCAGCUUUUAGAUCAUCUAGCCACCUGUUGAUAAUCUUUCUUUUUUCUU